AUGUCCGCCCACGCAUUCAGUGUAGGCUGGAUGGCCGAGGACGAUGGCCAAGCGUCCCAUGACCCUUCCGCAAAGUCCAAGUCCAAGUCGUCGUCCGGCACAUGGCAGGCAUUAGGUGUCUCCGAGGAGCUUGUGCGUGCUCUUCGCCUGAGAGGAUUCAAGAACCCCACUCCGAUCCAGAGGGCUGCAAUUCCAAGUGCCAUGGGAUCUCCACCUCGUGACGUCCUUGGCAUGGCUCGUACUGGCUCGGGCAAGACCCUGGCGUACCUCAUUCCACUUCUCCACCGUCUCGGUGGUGCCCGUAUCGAAGGCUCUGGAACACGUGCUCUCAUUCUUUGCCCCAGUCGAGAACUCGCGGUCCAGGUUCUGAAAGCGGGCAAGGAUCUGUCCCGCAGCCUGGCCAACGGCUCUGAGGCCCUCCGCUGGAGCAUUGUCAUGGGAGGCGAGUCGCUGGACGCUCAGUUUGAGGCGCUGUCGAGCAAACCCGACAUUGUUAUUGCAACGCCUGGUCGUUUCCUUCACCUUUCAGUCGAGAUGGACCUCGAUCUCCGCAGCGUCGAGACCGUCAUUUACGACGAAGCCGAUCGCCUGUUUGAAAUGGGCUUUGAGCUGCAACUGCGUGAGAUUUUGCAUCGUCUUCCGUCCAGCCGUCACAGUUUACUCUUCUCGGCCACUCUGCCUUCGUCUCUUGCGGAGUUUGCCAAGGCGGGUCUGAACAACCCCGAGUUCAUCCGCCUCGAUACCGACCAUCGCAUCAGCCCCGAUCUGAAGGUCGCUUUCUUUUCUACCAAGCCUGACGAAAAGGACGCCAGUCUAUUAAUUUUGUUGCGGGAGGUUAUUGGAAUUCCGGUUGCUAGUGCGGUUACCAAGGGCAACCCCAAAGCAAUCGUGUUCGCCUCCACAAAGCACCACGUCGAAUAUCUCUCCGUGUUCCUCCAAGCUGCCGGCUAUCGCGUGUCCUACAUCUACGGAUCACUGGACCAGCUUGCUCGUCAGCAACAACUGCGCCUUUUCCGUCAAGAUGAAACAGACCUCCUCGUGGUCACCGAUGUGGCUGCCCGAGGCCUCGACAUUCCGACAAUGGGCCACGUCAUCAACUUCGAUUUCCCAGCAGGUGUGCGUGUGUUCGUCCACCGUGUGGGUCGCACUGCCCGAGCGGGAAACCAUGGCAAUGCCUGGACCUUGGUGACUCGCGAUGAUCUGCCCUACCUGCAUGAUCUGGAAACUUUCCUUGAACGACCCCUUAUCAGCAACAGUGAAAUCUUCGGGUCCUUCCCGCGAGAGGACCUGGAAGCAGCAGUGGAGUACAUCCACCAGAGUCUGGAUGUGUCGGAGAACCAGCUCCCCGCUCUUCGCGAAGUCAUGAGGCGUGGACAGAAGAUGUUUGAGAGGUCCAGGACCAAGGCCAGUCGUGAUGGGUACAAGAUCACCAAGGCAUUCCAGUGGCAAGCUGUUCCUGUUCAUCCGUCAUUCGGCGGCGAGGAGGAAAUGGCCAUUGAUGACGACAGUGCACCUCGUCGCGAAACUCUGCUUGCCUCCAUUCGAGAGUACAAUCCGUCGGAGACCAUUUUCGAGAUCGGUUCCAGGGGACCACAGUCCGUCGCAGCUCUCAUGAAGCAGCGUCGCCUUGCUAUUUCUCGCCAGCGCGCCCGUACCACAGCCAAGGAUGAGAAAGCGGCGGACGAGGAACAGGCGGAGCAGACCUCUAAGCCACUGCCACAAGCAUCGGCCAAGAAGUCUUACCGUGAUCCCAACUUCUUCCUCCCCCACGAGAAUGUGGAGACCAACAGAGAGAAGGGAUACUCGUUGAACGAGGGAGCCUCCUUCGCGGAGCAAGCCCGGUCUGCCACUCUUGACCUCAAUGCCGAUGAAGGCGAAGCCCAACGUGCCCAGAAGGCCAGUCAGAUGAAAUGGGAUCGCAAGAAGAAGCGCUUUGUGAAGGGCGACGGCAUCGGCGGCGACAACCAGAAGAUGAUUCGAGGCGAAAGUGGCGCUCUCCUGCCUGCUACCUUCAAGAGCGGACGUUAUGCUGAAUGGAAGCAACAGAACCGCAAUGCACCUCAGAACGACGCGUCGGCCGCACCGGCGCCAGGACGUCACCAGCGUGGUUCUGGAAAGCAUACAACCAAGGGACUGGCGACAGCGGAGACUAUUCUGAAAGACAGACGUGAACAGCUCAAGCGAAAGCAAAAGAACGCGCGUCCUUCCAGCAAGAACAAGAAGAGGCGCUAA